CUAUCGGGUGGAAUUAUCACCACGGCAACUUUUACUCUGAUGAUGCUGAGCUCUCAGAAUUCAUCCCCCGGAACAAAGGCAUCACACUCAGCCCUUCUGGCCACAGUUGAAGUGCUUGGAAAGUUGUUCAUGAUCUCUUCAUCAGGUUUUCUGGUGGACAUUGUAGGAUAUCCAUGCUUCUUUGGAUUUUGUUUGUUUCUAGCUUUGCUUUUCAUUCCUGUUUUGAGAAAUGGAAAAUUUUCUUCAAGCAAAAGGUCUCAAUGAAGUUGGCUGAAAACGAUUAUUCAGAAUGUAAAUUUUUAUAUACUUAAUGUUCAAGGUAACAAUGCACUGCUUUCGUGAGAAAUCGUUGCAAGUUGAUUACACAACCCUGCAGUCGAUUACUCUAAAUGCUCGAAUUAGCGCCCCUGAUCUUCAAAUAUGCGUCACUUUUUAAAGGCUCCACCAGCUUUAACGGCAUUUACCAACAGGAGUUCCAAGGUAAAAUGUUCAAAUGUAAUAUAUUUUUUUUGUAUUCUUCAUUUCUUGAUGUGGGGCAGUCGUCAAGCAUUUUGUCAAGCAAGCAUGUGACUCAGGUUUGACUCUCACGUAAGACCGGCUGGGCCAGCUAAAGUGUUUAUAUUAUGGAGGAAGAUUGGCCCAGCUAGGAGGGAAAUGACUGUGCGGGUAAAUAAAGUCAUGCAAAGAUGUUGCUGAGCAAGGUAAAUCUUGUAUCACCAUUCGCCAGGCUUUGUAAGGCUCGCCCGGCAGGGUAGCUCCAGAGUCGCCCUUGUAUCCGGGACAACGAUGAUGGAUAGUUUAUUUGUAAAAAGCUUGCAGCUACUAAGCUGAAUUGUGUAUUUAAAAUAUAAUAUAUAAUAUAAUAUAACAGCUAGAAUCUUACAAUAGUGAGUAUAAUAAAGUGAAAAUGAUAAAGUCCUAAAUAAAUAAUAACAUCCUAUAAAUAUAAAAAAACGUAAAACUGUUAAAAUAUAUACAACGUCAUGAAUCUCAUUUACAAAACUCACCGAGCGCUUUUCUCCAUAUAAAAAAACCCACCGAGCGCUUUUCUCCACAUAAACGUGGCCUCAACCAGGCCACACAUGGAGCAACAUAAACAGUUGGAUCACUGGGUUUGUAAAUUUUAUUGAUGGCUGAGGUCAGCAGAGUCAGUGUGACUUUAGGCUCGAGUACUAGCUGCUGCUCGGGAAGUUAGCCCGCGGGCUGAGUGUGCAGCGGAAAUCGACCCUAGUGUGACUUUUGGUGCCAUUUUGGAGAAUUUGGAGUCAAGUAACACAACGAAAAAAGCAAUGUAAUAUUCCUUAAACAAGAGUUAAAAUAGUAAUAAUAAUUUUAAAAAAUCUUUUGACGGCUUUGGAUAACCUUAGUAAGUCACUCUCCUUUAACGCUUUUGACGAUGAUGCCAUUUCUAUCAGCGCGUGGUUUUGGCGCGUAUACGCUAUCAUGACGGAAACAUGAAGUAUCUACUUUCUCAUGUGGGAGUGCGCUGACCUUGAAAGGCUCGAAUACCCAUGAUUGCCUCUACCUGUACAUACAUGAAUAAUUAGUACUUCAAUUUAAGUGGUUUAAAUCAGGUUUACAACGUUUUCAGUUAAUGUAGAUUGUAUUUAACAUGAAGUAUCUACUUUCUCAUGUGGGAGUGCGCUGACCUUGAAAGGCUCGAAUACCCAUGAUUGCCUCUACCUGUACAUACAUGAAGAAUUAGUACUUCAAUUUAAGUGGUUUAAAUCAGGUUUACAACGUUUUCAGUUAAUGUAGAUUGUAUUUGUUUUGAAAAAGGUAAGGAAAAAAACGAUUUUACAACCGAAAAUUUCUGGAGUCAAAGUGACUCCCUCCGUAAUCCACCGCGUAACCUCUGUGAAGUCAUCUUAAAAGUUGUUGGCGUAAAAUACGCCAAAUUUGGGGUGUUUGCCAACCCUGGAUUAAAUUGAAUUGGCUUGCAGUAAGUACAUUUUCCACAAGUGUAGUCACGCACAAAAUAGGGACCUUAAGCAAACGUGACGUCCCGGACGUCAAAAAUGGCAAUCGGAAGUUGAUAUUUUCCCUCUUUCAGUGAUCUGACUCGACAAAUUCGUACAGCGGGAGUUAAAAACGGAGGCAUUAAGAUUCGUUGUGUGAGGCAAAAGUCUUCCAUCAAGCGAGACAUCGAACUUGCGGUUGCUAUUUGUGACGACGUCAGCGUUAUGCACCUAUCAAUGGUUUGCCCUAGGAUGGGGGGCGGGCAACGCAAGGGGAAUUUGACAUUUUCAGUUUUCAAAAGUCAAUUUCCCACCCUUAAGUCUCCAUUUUGAGUCAAAUUCCCAUCCCCGGAGCGAACUAAUUGGCACUCGCAACUGUCUUUAUUGCAGCACUGAGCGUCUCUAGAGAGAAAUAAUUGCUUGGUGACAAAAUGAUGGUACCCACAAACUUUGUGCAUUUCCCCAAGUGUAGAAGACACAUUCUAGCUGGAUAUUUAGUGUGGCUGGCAAUUUAACACACAUGCUAUACUCCUGAAAGUGCAAUGCAAAAUGAGCAAUGCCAUCCCGAACAUGACAUGCCAUCAUCCAGAAAGGUUAAUUUCUAACAGCUGAUAUUUUGUACCUGUGGAACUAAAUUUCAUUUAAUUGGACAUUUUGAGUGAACUAGCAAAUCUAACACAGAAUUCCAGAAAUCUUUUAUGUCUUUAUGUAUGAUUUUUUUAUCUUUCGUUUUAUCAAAAUCUUGUGGCAAGGUAGCAUCUGGUGGAAACAAGUAAGUAGAAGGCAUAUUUUCAAAAUGAGGCUUUGUGUAAGUAUUGCUUCUCAAUGGUGAGGAGCUCUGAGGGACAAAAUACUUUUUAUCAUAAAACUUAAAAAGCAAGUUUCGUUCUGCCGUCCUUCACUUUCCAGGAUAGCAGGUGGUCAAAUUUCCCACCCUGGGGACGUUCAGGGUGUCAAAUUCCCUACCCAUGUGCGCUUCACUGAGUCUAAUUCCCGUGGGUUGCAACCCCCCCUCCCCCUCCCCCUCCCCCUCCCCCAUCCUAGGCAACCCAUUGAUAGGUGCAUUUAUAAUCAUGCGCAAAAUUUUUGUUUGCUCUUAAGUGGCAGGUUUUAUACUGAGAUCACUGCAGUAGUUUUGCUAUGUUUCGUAGAACCCUUCGACCGCCGUCCCAGUAUUUUAAGACUGUUUCAGCUGUCGUUUUGAGAUCACAGAACACUGCGGCGGCACUGCCGAAAACAGAUGAAACCGUCUCGAGAAAGCGUGAUGUGGGAGACACUGCCACUGUACGUCCGUUCGAAGAGAUCCCAGGACCCGGGAAAAGCUUCUGGUCGAUCGUUGAAUUUUAUCGGAAAACCAAAGGCUUUACGAAGCCAUACAAAAUGCACGAUGUCAUGUUCGCCAAAUAUGGGCCCAUUUACAAAGAAGAAUUGUUGGGUCGACCAACGGUGCAUUUAAUGGAUCCCAAUGACUUUGAGAAAGUGUUUCGCGCAGAGGGAAAAUAUCCUAAACGGCCAAACCUGUUUGAUCAUAUGACUGAACACCGUAGACGGAGGACUGGCAACCCUGGCAUAUUCCUUUCGUAAGUAGACAAAAAGGGUCCUUUUUAUCGGUUUUUAUUUUUGGUGGAUUUGUACUGUUUGCAGUUCCCUGUUUUCCGCAUAAAGAUCGUCGAGCUCGAACCCGGUGUUCGAACGCUUACUUCUCAAUACAACAACUUGUUCAAGCUUCCUCUCAAUACAGCCAGAUAUCAUGACGAUCUUAAAGCGGGGAAAAUUGAGACGGAAUGUAAACAGGCUAGUAGAAUUGAGACGGAAAGUGAACAGGCUAGUGACACUCAACUGACUUGUACUCCUUUACGGAAUAUGGCGUAGCAUCCCCUCCGAAAUCAAUGGUUUAAUUUCUAAAUUCAUCAUUUAAAUAGUUUCAACUUCAACACUUGGAUUUUAUAGUUUGAUUCAAAAUUUUACACUCUUCUUUUAGAUUUCACAUCAUUGGAUUUUAAAACGUUUUAACUCGUCUUGUGGCUUUUGAACUCAACCUUUUUAUUUGACCUUGCUCGUUGUACAUUUUCAACUCUCUUCGUCACCUUUACCUGUAUUCAAAAAUUUGUAGUCCUCGACGGGUUUGCCAUCACGCAAAACGCCACGUCACGGUAGAACCAUGCAAGUUUCAUCUCGACGCUGUGAAUUAAACUAAACACCGAACUAAUUUUCAUACGCUGUUAUUUUUAAGUAGUUUUGAUACCUGAACCAGCGCUCUACAUUUGUUGGAGGCUGAGAGUAGAACUUAGCACUCGAUACUCACUUGACCUCGACCUCGUAAUAUUUUCAACCCGAGUUUUGAAUUUUCGCCUACGCUUCAGUGAUCAUUGGUCGCGACAAUAACUUUGUGGGGGUGGGAGAGUUUAGAGUAGCCUGGGGCCAGACUUCUUGGAGGGGACUCCUAUUCCCAUCUGCUGGCAAUAUUUAGCCCUAUUUCGCUCAACGAGGAGUCUAUUCCUAGGCUAAAAAAAAAAGUGAAAUCGCCUUCUUUCAAUCUUUUUCGCGAUUUUUCCGACUCGCUUACUUUGUCAAAUUUAGGCACAUUCCUUGAAGAGGAGUGCAAAAAAGAACAUGCCAAGUUCAAAAGGUGAAUGCAACUUCGAUUCCACGCGCUUAAAUCAUCAGUAGCCAGGAAGGUUUCAAGUCUUAGCACGAUUUGCUCAUAUAUAUUUCAGAAAUGGUCAAGAGUGGUACAGACUGCGACACAGUAUCUCACCAAAAAUUUUGCGUCCUAAAAUAGUGGAAGAAAACAUCGAAAACUUCAAAGCCGUGACUAAGGACGCUAUCGCCAGGUUCGUUGAGCUGAAGGAAAAAUGUGGUCCAAAUGAUCAUAUCCCUGAUUUGGAAGGAGAACUGGGCAAAUGGUCAAUGGAGGGUAAGUAGUUGGCUUCUUGUUACGCUUUCAAGAAACAAACUACGUUCAGUAUCGAGAUCAUUUCACCUUGCCGUAAUUACAGGUUAUCUAUAAACCAUGUAAGUUUGCCAAAAUAGUAGAUAUUAAUCUAGAUUAAUGUAAGUCUAGAUCUUUGAACGGAAGGCCCACGUUGAAAGAAUGGCAACCACAACCCUCCUUGUCAGCCUUGUGGCUGGAAGGGAAGGGCGCAGCUAGCCGCAAUGACAAUGGUUAGGAUAUAUACCGCGCACUAAGCAAAUGUUAGCCAUAUUGAAUUUUCCACCGUUAGACUGACUGACUGACUAACUGACUGACUGACUGAACUGGAUACCAGCCAUAGGAAGACAGCAGCUGUGUCGACCGCGUUCUCCAGGACACACUUCUGGCUAAAUCUCAAUACGUCAAAGAAAGGAAGAGACGGCCGCCUUUACGGAGUUGGCUAUGCAGUCCACAACAAGUCACUUGACUGUAUCACCACUCCCGUAGCUGACUGCUUAGAACUCUUACAGGACAAGCAACUGCCAUCACUGUCUAUGCCCCUACUCUCAACGCAGAUCAGGAAACUAAUGCAAAGUUCGGGCUAUGAGGAGAUCAGCUGGAUAGUGCAGCAAGUCUCAAUGGACAAUCAGCUCUUUGUUCCUGGCGAUUGUCAGGUAAUCAGAUCCGACACGUCAAGGUAAUCCGGGAAAUUUUUGCUUGUGGAAAAGGAACGUGCGAUCUUGGGCUUUGGAAUCUGGAAUACAGCACAAGGAAUCCGGAAUCCCACUAAGGAUUGGAAUCUGAAAUCCAAGUUCCACUGACAAAGGCAGGAAUCGAUUUUCUGGAAUCCGGAAUCCACGGCUUGGGAUCCAGCAUUCAAGACUUUUCUGGAUUCCUUACAUGGGGCGAUAUUUUUUUUCCGAAUCGACUUUUCAACUGAAGAAGUCUCAUUUUCCUUUAUUCACCGGGGUUAAUUAUUAUGUGACCUUUACAUAAAAAACAGGCUUUUUUAUCUCCAGGUAUAGGAACAUUUGCAUUCGACACUCGUCUUGGGCUAUACGAGGACCCGCCAAAUAAACAAGGCGUUCAUUUCAUUAACACAGUUCGUAAGCGCUUCGAGCUGUCUCAGCGGCUGACUUUUAAUCCAGUUGGGAAAGUUGCUUCUCAGUAUUUCGAGACACCAACAUUGAAGAAGUUCCUUAAGGCCUCCGACGAUCUUUUCGACAUCGGUCAGGAUCUUGUGAAGCAAAAGCUAAGGGAGCUAAAAGACGAGACGGAAAAGGGACUUAAUUCCUCAGACGGGCCACAAGGUAAUUCGAGAUAAAUGCAGUCGUUCUCUUAGUGAGAAAUGUAAAAAUUUAUUCCCCGAAAAAGCCGUGAUUCGAUGAAAAGGAGCUGAGGUUGCCGAAUGAGGUCCCGGUCUCCCCUCUCCUCGGGCAUUUACAGGGAAUUUUUUCCAGUUGGGUAAUUUUGUAGCUUCUUACGCAGGCGUUUUUAGGGGAGCUCAUAUUUCGUCCCUAAGUACGAGCUCCCCUAAAAACGCCUGUGUGGAAGGCUACAAUGCAGUUGUCAUGAAAGAUGUUCCCCGGAGUGGGGAAUUGCUGAAGAAGAAAAGAAAGAAGGGAAAUUUAUUUAGCCAUAAAGUGUAGGGUUUAUGCGUUGUCCGCCCUCCUUCACAACUAAAAGAUGUAGACUCUUAGGGCUUUUUCUAUUUGUCAGAACUGACCGGGCAGACCAUUCCCGUCGCAAUAAUUAUUUCCCAACUCUCCAGCCAGAUCAGUCAAAUCCUAAAUAGCUAGUAUGCACGAAGGAUAACGUUUUUCACCAAGAAUCAUGGAAAAAGUCUGUUUCAUUUUCAAACUGACUGGUCGGUCACUGGUACAGCCGGCCAGCUCUUACAAAUGGAAAGCACCCUUAACCAAGAUUAAUGUUAGGUAGUUACAACAUAAGAUGUAAAUGUGAACCGCUAACAUAUUCAACAUCAUAGUAUAAAGUAAGCUUAUACUGAGUAGUGCUUUGCCCCAAAAACUAAACUCGAAAACAAUGGCGCAGUUUUUUUUUUCUCUUUAUCAGAGCAUAAAUGGAAAAAAUACGUUGACUGGAGAUUUCCAAAAAAUCAUGUCUUUAUGAAACUAGGAUAAUUAUUAAUUCGUUUAUUUAUCCAUUGAUUUUAGUUGUUUCGUUGUUAACAUAUAUGAUAACAAAGGGGGAACUUUCGCCAGAAGAAAUCAAUGGUAUGGCGCUUGAUAUGAUAAAGGAUGGAGUUGACACGGUGAGUGCAAUGCUCCAACUAACAUACAUGUAGAAAUGCAUCACUGAAAUGUCUUUAGAGCGAUUUUCGUAUUGCCUUGAAAAAUGGUUUCUGUAAGUGUUCGUUAUUUGUUUUAUCAGCCAAUGAAUGAAAAGAUCAAAACAUUGGCUCUUCGUUUUUCCGCCAAAGAAAACCCUAAUAUGGAAAAGGUAUUGUUCGAUUGGCCAAUCGUGUUGCAGUAUGACGUCAAAGCGAAGAAUCGAUUGAUUUCUAGAAAGUUCUCGGGCAUGAAGUUUUGUCACCCGAGCGUUCGCUUAACGAACCAAAAGCCACGCGCGUUUGUAUCCGUUUGAUAAACCAAUCAAAUCGCUCUAUUUGCGUUCGUUUGUUGUUUCUGUUUUGUUCGCGCGUUUUUAUUUCAAGGUCAUACGAAAAUCGCUCUAAUGGGUUAAAAGGAGAGCUUUAUGGCUUUUAACAGUUUUGUUCCAAGAGCCAGGCCGUAUUACCCUUGUGUAACAGAUGCGUACUUUGUGUAGCUUAGCCGUUGACCGCCCGCUGGACAAGGGUAACACAGCCUCUAGGAAAAGAUUAGACUUCUACCCAAUUACGGCUAAAUGGCCGACAUAUUGGAUGACGACACAGGUAAGCAACAGCGCGAGUUCAUAUCGUUUUUACAGUUUUUUUUUGUGUGAGUGUGGAAUUACUGAAGCUCGAGUGCUUAGGAAACUCUUGUAUCGCGAUGUAAACUAAGCGCUACAGGGGCAACUAGAGUUUUAUGACGUAAAACUCGACAAAAUCGGCAUAAAAUUCCCAAAAUGGCCAAUAUAGUUUCCUCCGGACAAGACAAAGUCGACUAAUCAUGAUGACCAUCUUUCGGGCCUGGCUCAACUCAUUGACGAAAGCAGCUUGCUUCAUAGUUUGCUAAGUUUGCGAGUCCUAACAACUAAGGGGAAGUAAGAUUCUUCAGGGUUAUUUUCUUCUCCUUUUUUUUAACCAGACAUCAAAUUCAGUACUGUGGAUGAUCUAUAACCUGGGAAAAUACCCUCACAUCCAAGAUAAGAUAUACCAAGAGGUAAAGAGUGUUGUUGGGAAGGAUGGAGAUGUCACAACAAAACAUCUUGCUAAAGUGUCAUACCUUAAGGUUUUCACCAGGGAGUCAAUGAGGUGCGCACCGUAUUGCCUAUGUUUAACCCCAAUGGAAGCUUGAUUUUUCUUUACUGCAAUAACCACUUCGAAAGUCUUUAUCCAGUGAAUAGCGUAAUUAUGUAUUUUUCCUUUCAUACGUACUAUGACAUGUUUUUAUGGCGUUUAGUAAAUACUUUAGUUGCUCUGCAAACCCUAAGUAAGAAAACAGGAUAAUGGUAUCCAUUCGGGAACCGUGGAGACAGGGCUGUGUUCGUGGCUUGUGGUCUGUUUCUGUUUUGAACAUCGUUAACGUUGUACGUGAUCACACCUUUGAGGGUAAGUUUAUUUAAUAAACAAAAUAAAUAAAUAAAAUAAUGAUGCUUGAUUCGUUCCAUAGUUUCUCUAUUUUACCACAGGUUAACUCCUGUGACUGGAGUGAAUCUGCGAAUACUGGAACAGGAUGUCGAGUUAUCAGGAUACAAAGUCCCAGCACAAGUAAGACUCCAUUGCAACUUUCGGUAGCACCUUUAACCGUUUUUAUGUCCAACAAACCCAGCAAAAUUUACCCACACAAAAAAGAUGACUGGUAAACUAUUAAGUUUAUAGACGUAUUCCUCGAAACAUUAGUAUGUUGAAAACUUGUAAAAGCUAAUAUGUUGGAAUGUAAUGAAGAAAAGAUAAUAUUAGACUUUCUGGUGGGUAAUAUGGUAUAAAGGUAACGGUUCAUCUGUCGAUAUUGCCUAAUCUAGUAUCAUAAUCUUAAGGUUUUAAAACAUAUUAAGGUUAUGGUUUGACUAGUGAAUGAGUGUACGAUUUUGCCUUUUAUGAAUUGGAAUAUACAGGAUUGAUCAUUUAGACAAGGGGAAGGGGUGGGGUUCUCGCAUAGGGGGUAUGCUCGUCGUGUAUGGCUCAGGCUCUUUAUUGGCUCCUAAAGGGAAGCUUUUUAAUAACCACUUGCCUGAAAUCGAUGAAAAGUUUGGCGCCUUGUUGGUUUAAUAGCUUCCACAAUGUACCUUGUGUUUUUGUAGACAUUUAUUUUCUUUCAAGAAUACUGCACAGCGCGUUCGGAAAAGUAUUUUAAACAACCCUUGGAGUUUAAACCAGAACGAUGGCUGAGAGAAAACAAAGAUGAGAUUCACUCCUUUUCUAAUCAGCCAUUUGGAUUUGGAACCCGUAUGUGUGUAGGUAAGGAACUAACAUCAUCAAAAGUGUAG